CACCUGGAAAGAGACCCUCAUACUCCGAUAUCUGGAGAAAACAGAGAGGCCCUUAUACACAACACCUGGAAAGAGACCCUCAUACCGAGACACCUCAAGAGAACGAAGAUCCCUAUACACCGACUUCUAGAAAAGAGAGAGGCCCUCAUACACAAGGACCUAGGGAGAGACCCCCCCCAUACCCAGAUCUCUGGAGAGGAGGGGGAACCCCAUACAGAGAUAACUGGGGAGACCCCCAUCUACAGCCCCCGCAGAGGAGACCCCUGUACGGGACUCGGGAGAUCCCCACCAUGGAUAUUAUAGCUGGAUGACCCCCGGGAAAAGACUAAGAUGAUCAGCUUGGCAUCAUGUCUUAGCCGGGUGAUAGUCUUUGUCGCUGUAGUCGCCAUCUCCACAGUGUUGUCACAUACAUGGGAGGAGGAAGGUGUCGUCUAUGGCAAGAUUAAUGACACGAUUACCUUGCAGUGUAAUGGCCAUAAUGGCAGUUCGCUGGUUGAGUGGAAGUUCAAUGGUUCCCCGGACAUCCCCUGGGGCUUCUUCACCAACGUGCGGGACUUGCAGCUUCCCAACGUCGAGCCUUCGGUGAUGGGCAACUACACCUGCCAUGGUCAGGAGGGGGAGCAGCUGAGCUCUGUGCUGCUCAAAGUGGGACAUCCCCCCGGAAUUCCUUCCGUCACCUGCAGGGCCUCCGACUACCACAAUUUCUCCUGUUACUGGAACCCCAGCAUGGAGAAUGUACUGCCCACCAGAUACAUCACAUCCUACAGGGUGGAUAAGGGCGUCCCGGAGGUGUGUGUUCAGAACCCGGCCGUUCCCAACAUGUGUUCCGUCAGAUUCUCCAAGCUGUGGACCUUGUACCGGAUGAACAUCACCGAGAUCAACCCGCUGGGCUCCAACUUCCGCAUUCUGGAUCUCUACGUCCAGUCCAUCGUUAAACCAGACCCCCCGGAGAAUCUUUCGGUAGAGCCGAUCCCCCAAGCACCACGGAGGCUAAGAGUCACUUGGGCGUACCCCCCAACAUGGCCCCAGGAGCCUCAUUUCCAGCUGAAGUUCAGAAUCCAGUACCGGCCAGUGCUCUACAUGGUGUGGUCUGUGGUGGAGACGGCUAAUUUGUCAGACAUCAUCACGGACGCCUUCGUCGGGGUGGAGCAUAUCCUGCAAGUGGGUGCCAGGGACUUCCUGGACGCGGGAACCUGGAGCGAGUGGAGCCCCGAGGCCCGAGCCACACCGUGGACCAGUGAGGAGAUUUCAGGGUCAGUCCCCGAGAUCGUCAAUGAAACCACUACAGAAGAACCUGAACCUGAAUUUAGGGAGCCAUUUGCAGACAACGGUGACCCCGCAGAGAAAGUGGCCGUACUCAUCUCGCUGGGAGUCUUCGCAUUCGUGGUGCUGGCUCUUUUCCUGAUCGCUGGCGCCUUCAUCUGGAUGAGAGUGGACCGGACAGUGAAAUACGGUGGGAUGAAAGCGGACUUCCUGACAGCCAUUCAUAUGAAAGCCCUCCCAAAAACACAGAUUUUGUAGUUACACAAA